UAGCUAACUUCCCAUCUAAAUAGUAGAACACCUAAUAUUUGUAUUAUCCAAUAAAAAUAAGAUCAUCAAAUGAUCCUCCUUAAAGAAUCAAAAGUCAUCAAUUCAUUGAUACACCAUAAACCAAACAUGGCCAACAAUCCUAAGACCUUGUUUUUCUUACUCAUAAUGGUGAUUUCUUCAGUUUCUGCCACAAACACUACCUCAAAAACCAUAGAUAUUUUACAAGCCAUUGAUGAAAUGAGAAAAGCCAAUUACUUCACUUUUGUCAUGCUCAUUAACAUGGCCCCUCCUGACUUCUUUCAAGGAAACAUCACUUUCUUGAUGCCAAAAGACAAGACACUCUCCCAAACCUUAAUCUCACAAAAUGAUGUUGCAGAUUUCUUGCUCCAACAUUCUAUCCCUUCCCCUUUACUUCUCGAACACCUCGAACAUUUUCCUACAGGUUCUAUUAUACCAACUUCAAAACCUGACAUUGUACUUAAGGUGAACAAUUCUGGUAGACAACAUUUCUUUCUCAACAAUGCUCGAAUAGUUAGUCCCAAUAUAUGUACUGGAAAUGGCUCUAUCAUUUGCCAUGGCAUUGAUCAAGUCCUGGAAUCUACCACCUUCUCAUCUGAUCAUCAUAACUCUACAUUUUUACCCGUUCCGUCCCAUUGUCCCAAUGUCACAACCCCACCGUUUGUGGUGGCAGCUCCUCCUCCUGUCAUGUCACUGCCGCCAUCAGCAGAGCCAGUAAGGAGUGGAAGUUUUAAUAAUCCGACCCCAUCGUGGACCCCACUGAUGAAAUCUGGUGCUCAGUCGAUACUGCAGCUAAGGGAUGCAGUGGUAGCUGGGCUGCUGUUGCUGCUGUUGGUGUGAUGUAGUUCAUCUGUUUGAUUCGAAUCUACUAACUAAAAUCAAGAAUGUGAUUAAAGAUUGUGUACAUGGGGGGCAGAUGUGGUUGUGACUUAUAGCUAAUAGUAUUUGAUUUCUUGUCUAUGAGAUUUGUUUGUUUAAAGAUUCAAACAGAUUAUUGUUAUGUGAUCAGUUUUAGUUCAUGAAACUAUAGAAUGAUUUGAAGUUA